UCAAGUGAAGGAGGCGGUGGAGGACAAUGCAGGAUUAAAAAGAGAGAAACAGCCGGGAUGGAACGAUGAAUAAGCAACGAAGGAGAAACUAGAAGAAGAACGUGAGGAGAGAACCGGGGACAACGAACCCUGAGGUGUCAGGAUGUGGGACCACGGCCCUGGACUGUGAGGGGGGUGGGGGGGGAUUUUGAGACGUGUCAAGGAACUGGAAACACAAGUGUGUGACUGAAAACCACAACCAGCUUGAGGGAGUUGCCUUCACACUGACUCAAAAACCACCUUGGUGCAGGAGACCUGGUCUCUGGGAGCAGGACAGAGUCUGGCCUCGGACCCUGCCGCCCCCCAAAACCAGUGAUCGUUGGUGCCAUGGGAUCAAGUAGGUCCAACAGGUACAGCAUUGUGUCGGGCGUUCUACCGGUGGACGAGCGCCAGAGGAUCGCCAGCCUAGGACUCUGCAACGGCCACAGCUCCUCCAACUUCCAGCUGCGCUCAGCCGGCGACACAGAGACGGACGACAGUCGGAGGAGGUCGGGAGAAUCGGUGGUGUCCAGCACUACCACACACAAAGGGAUGAACAACUACAAUGGAAAGAUUCUGACGAGGGGCUCCAACCAGGUGCGGAGCAGGUUUGUUAAGAAAAAUGGACAAUGUAAUGUUGUGUUGACCAACAUGGAAGACAAGGGGCAACGCUACCUCGCCGACAUCUUCACCACCUGCGUGGAUAUCCGCUGGAGGUACCUGCUGCUUAUAUUCUGCACCAGCUUCAUGGUGUCCUGGCUUUUCUUUGGCAUUAUCUUCUACACCGUCUCCCUGGCACAUGGGGACUUUGAGGAGCAGCCCACAGGGAAGGGAGAUGAGCUGGUGGCCGGGGGCUUGCAUGGACCAACCCCUGGACACACCGCUGGAGGACAGCCACAGAGGAUGCCCUGUAUACUUCAUGUGCAGGGAUUGGUUGGGGCGCUCCUGUUCUCCAUGGAGACCCAGACCACCAUUGGUUAUGGCUGGCGCUGUGUAACCGAGGAGUGCCCGGCCGCGGUGCUCACAGUGGUGGUCCAGUCCAUCGUUGGCUGCAUCAUUGACUCUUUCACGAUUGGCACCAUCAUGGCCAAGAUGGCGCGGCCGAAGAAGAGGAAUCAGACCCUUGUGUUCUCUAAGAAUGCCGUCAUCUCCCUGCGCGACGGCAAACUCUGCCUCAUGUGGAGGGUGGGCAACCUGCGGAAGAGCCACAUUGUGGAGGCUCAUGUCCGAGCACAGCUCAUAAGGUCCUACGUCACCGCUGAGGGAGAGUUCAUCCCCUUGGAGCAGAUGGACCUGAAUGUGGGCUACGACGAGGGCACCGACCGGCUCUUUCUAGUAUCCCCACUGGUUGUAGUGCAUGAGAUAGAUAAGGAUAGCCCCUUGUACACUUUAAGCCGAGCUGAUCUGGAGACAGAUGACUUUGAGGUUGUUGUGAUCCUGGAGGGGAUGGUGGAGGCCACGGCCAUGACCACCCAGUUCCGUAGCUCCUACCUCGCUCGAGAGAUCUUCUGGGGUCACAGGUUCGAGCCUGUGAUCUACGAGGACCAGGACCGCUACAAGGUAGACUACUCUCGCUUCCACAAGACCUACGAGGUGCCGUCAACGCCUCACCUCAGCGCCAAAGAACUCUGCGAGGCUACGAGUCGAGCCUCCUCUGCCGCUUCUCACCUCCCCGCAUGUAGAUCCACUCAAGACUUGAUUCCCAGGACGCUGAGCGCCUUCUGCUACGAGAACGAAGUCGCCCUGAGCUGCGGGGAGGACGAGGACGACAUUUUCGACUCCACACAGAUCGUAGGGAAGGAGAGGCCGGAGGAGAGGACCACCUCAGUUUCUGUAGACUUCCAAAAUAUGUUCCAGGAUACAGCCACCAUGACAUCAGGCAGUCACAGCGUCAUGUGUGUUCUGGACAUGGACAACAAUGAGAUGGAGUUUGACAUCCUGCAGACGGCCAUUCCUCUCGAUCCUGUGACCUACAAGAGCGAGCAAGAGAUCUGAAGAGCAAGGCGGGGGGGGGGGGUUACUGUCACCUGUCCGUCUUCACCCAAUAAUAAUAUAAGUUUCUAAUGUCCAUAAAGAACUUGAUAUUAACUUGCUUGGCUGAUUGUGUUUGAAGGGUUUUGAGUGGCAGUGAACAACAGCUGGUGUUGAAUUGUGUAUUAGGUGGACCUGACAAGAGGAAAACGAUGGUGGUAAAUGUCCCUUUGUACAAAACACAUAGUCGUUUGUUUUCUCCUCUGCAAAUUUUCCUGCUUCGUAUAAAUCAGAAGAUAAACCUCCCUCUGAUCGGUGAUUAAACUGCACUGAGAUCCUAAUGGAAAAGCACUGGAGAGAAAUAUAUCCAGAACAAAGCACUUGACUCUUCCUUCUAUUGAUGUUGCAAAUAAAUAUUUCUAUAAUUUUG